CCCUCACUUUGAAGAUCAUGGCAGAGCUGGCUGCAGUUGCCUUUCCAGGUUCCUGGCAAUUAGCAGUGUAAAAAGCAUGUAAUAGAGAGAAAAGGAGGGGACUUGAAAGAUGCUGGGAUCAAAAAAACAGCUGCUGUGGGCGACUGAUUUCUGGGUGGCACCUUCCCUCUUCCUCCACUAAGCUGGACAAUUUUUAAUGGAGUCCUGACCUGACCAGAGGGACUCAAACAACUCUCCAGGAAGAGAAGCCCAAAGCAAAGACUAAGCUAAAGGGAAUCAGCUACCUGGGAGCAUAAAGGUGGCUUGGCACCUGGAGCAGGGAAUCUCCUGAUCAAAAAAGGCCUCAAGAGUCAAGAUUCUGAGGGAACAACACUAGGGAGGCUUUUUUGCAUGUCCUCCUAAGGUUUUCAAUGUGGAGGCCAAAUAAUUAGCAACUGGGCCAUCUGGGUAUCAGCAGCAUGAAAUGUGUCCACAAGCUAACUUUUAAAAACAAAAUUCAGUUGGAAGCAGAAUGUGACUCUGGAACACAAGGCUCUAUGAAUGGAGGAGGAAAGAUGUUCAGUACUGUAACUAUGUGAGAAGAUUUUUAGAAGGCAACCUUUUUUCUUUGAUUAUGAUCUCUACUAUCUCAUUUAAUGCUGUGUGUAUGGUUUUGCAGACCUAUUAUGAUCUUAGAUACCACUUUUUCUUUGUUUUUGAGGUAUUAGAAAUCCUAUUUAAUGCGGUUUAUUAUUUUGAGUUCUGUAUCAAAUUUUAUGUGGAUCUCAUGAAAUAUUGGAAGAACGGAUACAAUAUUUUGGACGUUAUUAUUAUCAUUAUCCUUUGGCUUCCUCAAUAUCUGCGGAAGAAUUUCAGAAGAGAGUAUGGAUAUAUAAAUAUAGCAGAGGGUAUCCAGGCUUUUCGAAUUCUCAAACUCAUUCCCUACAGCCGAGGAAUAAAGACACUGAUCUCUGCUCUGGGACAGACCAUUUGCACUGUGGCUUCUGUCCUGGUCUUGCUGUUCCUGCUGAUGUUCAUCUUUGCCAUCUUGGGCUUUUGUCUGUAUGGAACAAGUGAGGAAGCUGAUAUGGAAAACUGGGGAAACCUCGCUGUGGCCUUUUUCACCCUUUUCAGCUUGACCACGGUGGAUGGUUGGACAGAUCUGCAGGGAGUCCUGGAUGAACGGGGAUAUAUGUGGAGCAGGGCUUUUACCAUUAUCUUCAUUUUGGUGGGCUCCUUUGUGUUCCUCAGUAUGUUUAUUGCUGUCAUGAUCAUUCACACAGAGGAUUCAAUCAAGAAAUUUACAAAGGUAUUGUCCACUGAGAGACAAUUGGCUCUUAUAGAAGAUAAGCAAAGAAUACUGAAAAAGCAGCAGGAAGAAAUCAAUGCACUCAUGCAGAGAGAGAAAGGCAAAACUUAUAAAUCUUUUAGUGAUCUAGUCAGAGUGUUUAAGAAGUCUCUGAAUCAUACGGACCCCAUGGUUUUGGAAGAUUUUUGUGCCACCCUUUCCUUCAUCGAUAUUUACCUUUCAUCACUAGACAACCAAGAUAAUACUGUUCUGAGGCUUCAAGAACUCUAUUAUGAAAUGGUUAAUGUUUUGAACCAGAUGAUAGAGGACAAACCAAUGAAGAAACCUUCAGUCACGUCAGAGAUGUCUGCAGAUAUAUAGAAGUACUUCUUCUUAGUGACAGAGCCAUUGGAUAUGAAGUCCAAUUUGACUACAGUCAGGCCACGGGCCCAGAAAAACAGGGUAGUUAUGGGCAAGUUUCCACUGAACCAAGAAACCUGGAUCAGAUCCAAAUAAAAGUUUCUUUUCUGAAA